AUGCUCAACUUCCAGGACAACCUGGUCCUGAAGGACAACAACACCAUGAUGUCGAUCCCCCUCGGCCCAUCUACUAGCACCUACUCCGCCACCGUCGUCGAUAUGCCCUUCGUCGCGCCCAUCGCCCUUGCUAACCCCCGCGCCCAUCGACUCCUACGCGUCCUGCUCUGGACGUCCAUACCACUCUGCUGUAUCAUCCUUACAGACGCCAUCUUCAUGCUCUACAUCACCUCCACAAGGAGCUUCUACCUCGCACCUACUGCCUUUUGCAUUACGAUGCUACACCACCUCGUCGUUCUCGUCGUCUCCUACUUUGAAAGGAGGGGACGGGUACCGCUAGGGGACGGGAUCCCUGUGACAGUGCACAUGGGAGCUAUUUUCGGCGCAUGGCUCUAUACUACGACGAUGAACCUGUCUCCAUGCAUAGAGCUUAAAUGUGAUCUCAGUUGUCACAGGCUCACAGCAAUGAAUAGGUCCGUGCCACCUGAAGCGACGCGGCUGUGA